AUGACACUCGGACCGCCCUCUUUACUUCAGGGCCAUGAGCCCCAAAAGUACGAGGUGCUUCUAUUUGGCGACUUGUCUGCUUCCGGGUUCGAGGAGGAUCUUCGGCGCCUAUUGCAUAUUAAGACUGAUCCGCUUCUAUCUUCCUUCCUUGAGCAAGCAGGCUUGUCUCUCCGGAGGCUCAUAGGUAACCUGCCCUCUCGGCAGCAAGACCUGUUCCCUCGCUUCACAACUCUCAUUGAUCUUGUUUCCUGGCUUGAAAGCACUCCAGGCGCGCCAGUCCUCAAAUUUUUCGCGUUGUGUGUUUAUGAGAUUGCACAAUUCAUUGUAAAAUAUGGAAGCAAUUCCAAGUCCUAUCCCUCGUCUACGGGCACAUGUAUUAUUGGACCUUGCACAGGAGGCUUUGCCGCCGCAGCUAUCAGCUGCUCCCAGACGCUGUCAGACUUGAUACCAGUUGCUGUUCAAGCCUGCCUGGCCGCAUUUAGAACAGCACUUCGAUCAUGGCUAGCAGGUCAAGACUUGUCUCCGCAUCAACCCUCGGAUACAUCAUCAUGGUCGGCUGCUGUCAGACCAAAGGAGUUGAAUGAAUCAGUUGAGUCCCUGCUGAAGGAACUGGAUACUUCAGUGACACACCGUGAGCAGGCCAGGCUUUACAUAAGCGUCACAACACCUGAUCAUCCAACAACGAUAAGUGGUCCGCCAUCAUCAUUGCGGGAGUUCCUUUCCAAAGCGUCUGAGAGGUUGCGAUCACGGUACCUUGACAUCCAAUCGCCAUUCCACACCUCGAGCCUAUUCGAUGAGUUGGAUGUGGAUACGAUUGUUAGCCAGGUUUCGGAACUAGCAGCGAUUCAUGUCCCGAGAAUUCCAAUUCUAUCCUCAUCCACGGGAGAGGUUAUCACAGCACCUUCCUUCAAAGAGCUUCUUCGCCUUGUGGUGGACGAGACUCUGCGGCAACCGAUCCGCUGGGAGUUGGUGGCGUCUUCAUGUCGCUCUCUAUUGGCUGAAGCAAAGGCAGAAGAGUGUACCAUCAUCACAUUCUCAAGUCUCGCUGCAUCGAUGCUUAGGAAUGCCUUGGCAGUUGGUGAAGACAAUGAGGUGAGCGUUGAACAUGCAGCUCAAGAGCAGCACCAGUCGGCCAGCUCUUCGGGUAGCUUUGCACAUUCCAAGAUCGCUGUCAUCGGUUACUCGGGUCGAUUUCCGGAUGCUGCUUCCAACGAAGCAUUCUGGGAAUUACUGCGUGCGGGAAGAGACGUCCAUCGCGAGAUUCCCGCUGACCGCUUCAACUGGGAAACACACUUCGACCCAACGGGCAAGCGUAAAAACAGCAGCCGCGUUAAAUUCGGGUGUUUUAUCGAGGAGCCAGGAGCGUUUGAUGCUCACUUCUUUCACAUGUCACCACGAGAAGCAGAGAACACAGAUCCAGCCCAGCGAUUGGCCAUCACAGCGACUUUGGAAGCUAUAGAGAUGGCUGGCCUGGUGCGGAACCGUACACCGAGCACGCAGCAGGAUAGAGUCGGCGUCUUUUUUGGUACUACAAGCGAUGACUGGCGCGAGGUGAAUAGUGGCCAGGAUGUUGAUACCUAUUUCAUCCCUGGAGGCAACCGUGCCUUUGUACCUGGUCGAAUUAGCUACUUCUUCCGAUUCUCCGGCCCCAGCUUGAGUAUCGACACGGCAUGCUCGUCCAGCUUCGCCGCAAUCCAAACUGCUUGUAGCUACCUCUGGAGAGGCGAAUGUGACACUGCCAUUGCCGGCGGAACCAAUAUACUUACAAAUCCUGAUAACUUUGCUGGACUAGACCGAGGCCACUUUCUUUCAAGGACUGGAAAUUGUAACCCCUUUGAUGACGAAGCCAGCGGGUACUGCCGCGCAGAUGCUGUAGGAUCCGUCAUUCUUAAGCGGCUUGAAGAUGCUGAGGCGGAUAAUGACCCGAUAUUUGGUGUCAUUGUUGGAACUAACACCAACCAUUGCGGCCAGACCGACAGCAUUACCCGUCCGCACGAGGGGGACCAAGCAAGCGUGUUCAAACGAAUCAUGAGAUAUGCCAAUAUUGACCCCCUUGACAUCAGUUAUAUCGAGAUGCAUGGCACAGGUACCCAGGCAGGUGAUAUGACGGAAAUGAAUUCAGUUUUGUCAGUGUUUGUGCCAGAGACGAAGCGUACCCUCUCAGAGCCUCCCAGGCCACUUUAUAUAGGCUCUGCAAAGGCAAAUAUUGGCCACGCUGAAUCGGCAUCCGGUGUCUCAUCAUUGAUCAAGGUACUCAUGAUGAUGAAGAACAGCGAGAUUCCACCACACUGUGGCAUCAAGACACGGAUCAAUCGCAACUACCCCCUGGACCUUGCCGAGCGCGGAGUACACAUUGCCCUUAGUCCAACCCCUUGGCUAAGAGAAAACAGUGUUUCUGGGAAACGUUCCGUCUUUUUGAACAAUUUCAGUGCCGCCGGUGGGAACACUGCUAUUUUGUUAGAGGAUGCUCCCCAAACGACCAGGCCACCGGAUGCAGAGCAAGAUCCCAGACCUGUACAUCUCGUUGCUGUGACAGCUAAAACCAAAGCCUCUCUACUCGGCAACCUCACGGCCCUUUCAAAGUGGAUUGAGGAGGAUCCAAAUAUUUCACUUUCUCACCUCUCUUACACUACGACGGCGCGCCGAAUGCACCACAACUACAGGGUGAUUGUUUCAGGCUCGGAUAUACCAUCUAUUCUGUCCAGCAUCAAGAUGAAGCUAUCAGCAUUGAGCCAGACAUCCAUUAAACCGAUUCCACCGCUAGCAAAGGCUCCAAAUUUGGUGUUUGUGUUUACCGGCCAAGGUACAUUGUACACGGGUCUGGGCAAGUCGCUAUAUUUGACAAAUGCCUCCUUUCGCUCAAGUAUCCUCCGUUUCAGUCGCCUCGCACAAGAUCAACGAUUUCCUUCUUUCAUCCCACUAGUGGAUGGUAGCCACCCCAUGGGGAAUGCUGAAGAGAUUAGUGCAGUAGUCUCACAGCUCGCCAUUACCUCCGUACAGAUGGCUCUUUUUGAGCUCUGGUGCAGCUGGGGUUUGACUCCCUCCGCAGUAAUCGGUCAUAGCCUGGGGGAAUACGCUGCCAUGUAUGCUGCAGGCGUUGUCAAUGCAGCAGACGUCAUCUACCUUGUUGGUCAUCGGGCAGUUCUGCUGGAAGAACGUUGCGUGCCUGGUGCAAACGCGAUGCUUGCAGUCAAGGCUAACUCGGACUCUGUGAUGCAGUUGACACGAAAUACUGGAUGCGAGAUUGCAUGUGUCAAUCAACCAACAGGCCAUGUAAUAAGCGGCCCUAUCGAAGAUAUUUCUCGCUCCGAAAGCAAAGCUGCAGCCGCUGGGCUAGAGACUGUCCGGCUGGAGCUUCCAUUCGCAUUUCACUCAGCCCAUGUCGAACCUAUCCUUGUCCCGUUCAAGGCAGCCGCAUCACAGGGGGUCACGUAUAGUGCUCCGACUUUUCCCAUCAUCUCCCCUUUAGAGUCCAGAGUGGUUCCCGCAGGCGAGAUUGGCGUCUUUGAUGCAUCAUACCUUGUUCGUGCCUGUCGCCGCACUGUUGACUUCCGAGGUGCUCUCGAGGCAGCUAGAAAUGAUGGUUUGGUCAAUGAGCGUACCCUUUGGCUCGAGAUUGGAGCUCAUCCUACAUGCAGCGGUAUGAUAAAGGGCACACUUGGAGCCGAAUACAGCGCCUUGGCGUCAAUGCGGAAGAAUGUCGAUGCAUACAAGUCAUUGGUUCCGUCACUUGAGAGUUUGUAUCUCUCGGGUUUCAACAUCGCUUGGAAUGAAUACCAUCGCGAUUUCCCGUCUGCAAAGAGGGUUCUCGAACUCCCUAGAUACUCAUGGGAUCUCAAGAAUUUCUGGAUACAUUACAGAAAUGAUUUUUGUCUAGCCAAAGGCGAAGGCCUUGUGCCUGCAUCGGGCGGAGAGGUUCCUCCUCAACAAGCCCUUAACGCGCCCAAUAUUCCCCAGUACAAAUACCUGUCGCCAUCAGUUCAGAGGGUUCUCGAUGAGGCUCAUGACACAAGGUUAUCAUCACUGCUAAUUGAGUCGGACGUAUUCCACGAGACGUUGCUGCCAGUCUUUCAAGGCCAUGCGGUAAAUGGGGUUCAGCUCUGCCCUUCGUCCUUGUAUGCAGAUAUUGCAUUGACCAUGGCACAGCACAUGCUUCAGGGUCCAGGGUUGUCGCCUUCGACUACUGGCCUUGACGUGGCAGAUGUUAAAGUUGAUGCGCCUCUCAUUGCUCAACCUGCAGAAAAAGAGCAUCUCUUCCGCGUCUCUGCAAAGGCAGUUUGGAGUGAGAAUACGAUAACCAUGUCAAUCUUCAGUGUCAAUAGUAAAGGUCAACGUACUACGUCGCAUGCCAACCUCGAAGUGCGGGUUGUCCCGGAGCAGCGAUGGAUUGAUCACUGGAAGCGCAAUACUCACUUGAUUAUGUCUCGUAUAGAAGCACUGAAUCAGGGUAUUAAUGGGGGUAACAGCCAUAAAAUGAAGCGUGGAAUGGUCUACAAGCUGUUCGGGGCAGUGGUCGAGUACAGUAAGGAGUACCAGGGAAUGGAGGAGGUCGUCCUAGACAGCGAGAGGCUCGAGGCGGUGUCAACUGUCAAAUUUCAAGUUGCCGAGGAUGGUUUUGUGAUAAAUCCACGCUGGAUGGACAGCCUUGGAGGCAUUGCCGGCUUCAUCAUGAACGGCAAUGAUGCUGUCGAGAGCAAGAAGCAAGUCUUCAUUAACCACGGAUGGGAGCGGCUACGAAUCGCAGAAAAGUUGGACCAAGCCAAGACAUACUAUGCGUACAACCGCAUGCAACGGGCUGAGAAAACGAUGUACGUGGGCGACACGUAUGUCCUGCACGAGGGACGUAUCGUGGCAGUUGUUGAAGGCGUAAAGUUUCAAGGGGUUCCACGUCAUGUCCUUGAUCAUGUCCUGCCUCGCCAAUCCUCGGACAUUUCCCCAUCAAGUAGUCUGGCGAAACAAGGGCAUGCCUUCCACGGGACCCAGGAAAAAGUAGUCACUGUCCUGGAUCAAAAGCUCCGGAAAGCAUCAACAGAAGGUGCUUUGAAAUCGGAACAUAAAGUCGGACCCUCAUCUACCCUUCUUGGCAAAGUCUUAGCCAUCAUAUGUGAGGAGGUUGGACUCUCUCUAGUCGAACUUCAGCCGGAGAGCGAAUUUGCUAAUAUUGGGGUUGAUUCGCUCCUUUCACUCACAAUUCUUGCGAGAGCUCGUGAAGAAUUGCAGGCAGACCUCUCAGCGUCUCUUUUCGUGGACUAUCCAACUGUGGGUAGCCUGAAUGCCCUGCUUGGAACCCAAACGCCGGAUUCAGGCGACGAUGUACAAACACCAGAUUCACGUUGUGACUCUCCCACCACUAGCUCUAUUGGAAUUACCGAUAUUACCACCCCGGUAUCCGGAAUCAAGCUCGAUGUCUCCAGCGGCUUUACUGAUCGAGUAAAUGAGACACUCGGGAUUCUGAGGAGCGCAAUAGCCGAGGAAACAGGUGUGUCACUGGUCGACUUGGAUCCCUCGACUGGUCUCGCAGACAUAGGUAUAGAUUCACUACUUUCUCUCACCAUCGUGGCCAAGGUUAGCGAGACCUUUGGUGACUCGAUACCGCGAGAUCUUUUCGCAAGCCACACCACGCUACAAGAAGUGGAAGCGGCGGUUCUAAGCUCACUUGGCUUAAACGAAAAGAAAGGCAAACAGGCAACCCCGCAAGCUUUCAGUGAACCACAAGGCCACCGGCUUCAAGCGCCUUUUCACGACAGCCGGGGUUUUGGAAAUGACCACUCCGCGCUUUCAUCGCCGCCCAACGCAACUUCCAUUCUCUUGUCUGGGUCCGCAGAGACUGCGAGGUCUCUCUUAUUCUUGCUGCCAGACGGUUCUGGAUCUGCUUCUUCCUAUGCCGCACUGUCGCGCAGCAUCGGCCGCGGGAUUGCUGUGUACGGUCUCAAUUGCCCAUGGCGAAAAACCGCCGAGGAAAUGACGCGCCUCAAUAUUGACAUGGCGGCCCUUGCUGAAAAAUAUGUUAUUGAGAUCCAGCGGCUGCUUCAUCAACGUAGCAAUUCUAGCACCCGCCCCGUUCGUUUCGCCAUCGGUGGUUGGUCUGCAGGCGGUAUCAUCGCGGUCGAAGCCGCCCGCGUCCUCAGAAGGCUGGGACAGAAUGUGGACAAACUCAUCUUGCUGGACUCGCCGAAUCCAAUUGGCCUGCAGAAUCCCCCAGAAAGGAUGUACGACUUUUUUGACUCUAUUGGGAUAUUCGGCGGGGGGCGUAAUAAGAUGCCUGAAUGGCUGCGCUCGCACUUUCGUGAGUUCAUCCACAUCCUCGAUAAAUAUGAGCCCACAGCAUUGCCAGAUGCGCCACCGACCCUCUUGGUGUAUGCACGCGAUGGAGUUUGCAAGGAUCCUAACGGACCGCGUCCUGAAAUGCACCCGGAUGAUCCUCGCGAGAUGCUUUGGUUGCUGAAUAACAGGACAGAUUUUUCCGCUGGCGGCUGGUCCAGUCUACUUGGGAGGAAGAAUCUUACUAUUCGGGUUGUGGAUGAUGUCAACCACUUUAGCCUCAUGGAUCCGGGCCCUGCCAUGAAGACGCUGGGUGGUAUUAUCGAGGGGUAUUUGUCUUGA